AUGAUGAAUUAUUCAUUUCGCUAUUACAACCACAUACGUCAGUUUAAUUCCGGAGUAUUAGCUUUCACCAAUAAGAGCAAUAUAGGCAAUUCGAGAAAUUACGCAAAAGACAAAGGAGGUUGUAAAGAGACUCCUCAACACGAGGGCAAAAGGGUUGAGUCGUGGCCGAAACCGGACCCCCCACCACCUGCCUGGCGCUGCGAGUGUCCUUGGGAACCGCAGCCACCCAACUAUGACCCCUACAGGAUCAAAGUACCCGAUAUAGCGGUCCCACCAUUACCACCCAGCAAUGCUAAGGAAACUCAUAAUGAAGUCGGAAAAGGAUUCUUUCAAAAUAAUAAUUCAAACAGUGGAUGUUGCCUAAACAAUAUGCAGGAUCUUUUUCAAAAUUCACCAAUAGUACAUCCCGAUUAUUGGAAAGAUAAACCAGAGAAAAGGGCUACACCACCCCAAUUUGAAGUACAAGAUCCAUUGCCAAAACUUGGCUAUCAUGGGAAAUAUAAGUACAUGUACGCCUUCCAUGAACCUUGGAAACCUCUCGAUAGACUUUCAUUACUCGCCCAAGCUGAGAAAGAAGAAACACAAAAGACUGAAGAAUCUUUAAUAACUGGAAAUAGUGAUAAACAAAUUGUAUAA